UUAACGUUAUUUGUACUUUUUUAAAUUAUCCCUUCGAUGCUAAUAUUGUUAUCAUGUUCUGCUUAUGUUGUAGAUGUAGAAGAUUAGUAACGGUGAACUUUAUACUACUACAAGAGAUACUGCUUAUAGCACACCGAUGAGUCCCAGUUUAUUAAGAAUUUGUGUAGGGCCUGUUUCAGUGGUUCUAAUAAUUUCUUCUAAGGUUACAUUGUACCCAAGAACUUUCUCCUGCGGGAAAGUGUAGCACCACAGUUCGUUAGCAGGUGUGUUGGGGAUUCUUUGCAGAAUCUGCACUUUCCGUGUAGGGUUAUGCCAAUUAUCUUCAGAUGUCCAUUUCGUUUGUAGUGUCCUGUUAAGAAUCCUGUUAAGAUUCGUAGUUUGUUAGUGCAUUUUGCUACCUCUUUCAUUUAAAAAUUGGGUUAGGAGGUUCUUGGAUUUUUUUUAUCGUUCUGAAGUGCUCAUUGAUAGUGUGGAAACCUCUGCCACAGAAGAGUUUCUGAUUGUGUUUCUCUCAUUCUAAUUUCUCAGCAUACCAUAUUGAUUUUUGAAAAUAAAAUCCAUAAAACAGUGUUGUCUGUAGGUAUUUUUAAAACGGAUCGUAUAUCAACGGCUAAUUAGGCACCGCUGAAUGCAACAAACAUUAAUAAAGGCUAAAUAAGGUUUCAAUCCAAAACAGUAUCCUCAGCUUGAGUAGUAUCAACAAACCUGCGUCCUUAUGUAAAAUUCAAAGCUACGGCUCAGGAAAUAAGUGUGCCAUGACUCAGCCUACUAUAAAUUAAUUACCUUCUUCUUGUUACGUUUAAUCUGCUACACGCGGCUUACAGCGAUAAAAUGAAUUUAUUACCGACGCCCGUUUCUCGUUAUUACCUUCUUCGGCAUUAUAUUAAACUCGACUAUAGGCCCGAUUUUUAUCCGGAAAACUCGUAAAAUAAAUCUUUGUUUUUUUCCAAACACAUAUGUUUCACUAAUUUGUCCCACCGUCAUAUGGAAUCGUUGGGAAUAUUUUUGGAAACUUGUCCAUCAAUAAAUAAUUUGACGUUUCCAAUGGCAAGAAGCUUGUUUAUCCUAUUUAUUGCCGGAUUAUUUGCGGUCAUCGGCUCCAUUAAGAAUCCAAAAUCUUUCAAAAGUGACAAAAUUGUAGUAAAUAAACAACAGACUGAAGAAUAUCAAUCCAAAUUUAUCAGCAGACAUUUAAAUGUUACUCUACAAGAAUUGUACUCCACAUUUUUAAACAACUUUAAAUCGUUUAUCAACUUAUUCGAGAGUAAUAAUAAAAUGACCGAAGAAGAUUUUCGAUUCAAUGGCCUUGAUGUUAGCAAAAUUUUAAAUGCCACUAUUACUAGUACCACUAGUAAUCUUUUAAACAACAGUAAUAUUUGGUGGAUCGUUUCUAAAAAAAAAUGCAAUGAAAACAACAGAUCGUACACAGACGUUCGCGAUUUGUUUUUGGCAGCAGGUAUCAAAGCAGGAAACGACAUCAAAAAUCAAUUCGUGUUCGAACCACCGGGCGAAUUCGUCAAACUGAGCCCGGACCAGCGAGCCGAGAGAAAGAUGAUAUUGUUCAAAGCAUCUUGGAAAUAUUUUUCCAAGCUCGAUAUGACUCCAUUGGCCGAAAAUCUGACCCAGUUGUUUACCGAUCUCCAAAAUAAUUCUAAGACUAAUUGUCAAAACCUAGAUGAACUGGCUGAUUUGCUAAAAAACCGUUACUUAAUACCUUCCAGCCGGUUUAUUCUUGAUGAAUACAAUUUGAGAAAACCCAAAGUCCCAAUAACCGAGAAUAAUAAGGUGGAUGUGGCUACAGAUGUCCCAGCUUCUGUGUCUGCAAAGGUGGAUGUGGCUGCAGAUGUCCCAGCUUCUGUGAUUACAAAGGUGGAUGUGGCUGCAGAUGUCCCAGCUUCUGUGACUACAAAGGCGGAAAUGGCUGCAGACGUCCCAGUUUCUGUGACUACAAAGGCGGAAAUGGCUGCAGACGUCCCAGUUUCUGUGACUACAAAGGUGGAAAUGGCAGCAGACGUCCCAGUUUCUGUGACUACAAAGGUCGAUGUGGCUACAGAUGUCCCAGCUUUUGUGGCUACAAAGGUGGAUGUGUCUACAGAUGUACCUAUUUUUGUGACCACACAGACGGAUGUAUCAACAGACGUACCAUUAUCUGCAACUACGGUGGUGGAUAUGGCCACAGAUGUACCACUAUCUGCAACUACAAAGGAAAAAGUGGAUAUGGCCGCAGACGUACCACUAUCUGGAAGCGCUCAGGUGGAUACGUCUACAGAAAUUCCAGCAACGGAGAAUACUCAGAGGAAUAUGCCCAACGAAACAACCGAUUAUGGAAUUAGCCAGGUAAUCGCUAAAGUUUUAUCCCGGUUAUUCUGCAGACAUGGCGAGUGUAAGGUGAGCAUGUUACCUAAAACUGCUGUACCAAACAAUAUCCAGAUAGAAUCAGUGUCCUCAGAGUUACCUGGAGGUGACAAGGUAUCCACCGAAACCCAUGAAAUGGAGAAUGCCCAGUUUGCUCAAAAUAAAGAUAUGGAAACGUCUAUCAGAACAACUAUUUCGGGAAGUAAACUGGAGGAUUUUGAGUUUACAAUGUUACCACUAUCUGUUAAUACGAAGGGGGAUGGAUUUGCAGAAACUCCGGUUAUGAGAUCCCAGGUGAACGUUGUAUCAAUAGAAACACCGGCAACCGAGAAUUCAAAUGUGGAUGAUAUGUCUGCAGGAACCACGUUAUAAGAAAGUACCCCGUAGGCGGAUGGUGAUUUAUAGGAGCUACGGUAAUAUCUAUCUAAGUAAAAUUGAUUAAAAAACUCACCGAAUACUCCAACUUUUUUAUCCGAAGAGCAUUCAAGAUUAUAAAAAUAAAAUGUUACAUU